GGUUAGCAUACACGUAUACGUGUAUGUAUGUGCAAUAAUAUAACACAACAUAAUACAUGUGAGGGACCGGUAUGGUAUGCGCACGCACAUUGUUAUCCCUAUAGUUCACCUCACUGCCGUCAGUGCAUGUUAGUCUCACUGUUUCUCUCCUUGGUGGUUUGCCUUUGAAUGCCUUUGAAAUCAAAAAGAUAAGGGGCGGCACCAGUACUAACAGCAGCUCUGUACACAAAGGAACAACGAAGCACAAUGGAUCUUAUGGAUUUAUUUAGGCCAAAUAAGGAAAUCAAAAGAGGUCCUUUAAGACCUAGAAAAUCAAACUAUGCACCAAGUGAAUGUUCAGCUGCUUCAAUAGCUUCUUCUAUUAAACCAUUAGUAAAAGAAAACAAAGAAAAUGGAACUGAUUAUGUUCAAAAAUACGUGGAGGAAGAGAAAAGAAAAGCACUAGAGGCAAUAAUUGAUUGUAACAAAAAUGAGCAUAAUUUUGAUAUGUUGUCAAUUGGUACAGUUCCUACGCAUAUAGGAACUGAAGUUGAUGCAGAAGAAUUAAAUAAAUUUUACAGUACUUUUAAUUUUGAACAUCGGCCUAAAGAUAGUCUUCCAAUAAAUCAAAGUAAAGAUGAAAUUGUAGGGAAUAUUCAAACUCAUGCUAUUACCAUAAUUGAAGGUGUCACUGGUUGUGGUAAAUCAACACAAGUUCCACAAUUCAUUUUAGAUGACUGCCACAACCGCAGACAAUUUUGCAAUAUAAUUGUAACUCAACCCAGAAGAAUAGCAGCAUUGAGCAUUGCAGACAGAGUAUCAAAGGAAAGAAAUUGGCCAUUAGGAUCACUUGUUGGUGUUCAAGUUGGAAUGUAUAAAAAUAUAUCUAAAGACACAAGAUUAACUUACUGUACAACGGGAGUUCUAUUGCGAAAAUUGAUAUCAGCUAAAAAUAUGUUGGAAUUCACACAUAUAAUAUUAGAUGAAGUUCAUGAACGUGACCAAGAAAUGGACUUUCUUUUAUUGGUUAUAAGGAAACUACAAAGGAGUAAUUCAAGAAAUGUUAAAAUUAUUUUGAUGUCAGCAACAUUUAAUGCAAAAAAGUUCUCAGAGUACUUUUCUAUACCUACUGUCAGUGGAUUUGUUGCAGCACCUAUGAUAAGUAUUCCAAAAAAGCGCAACUUCACAGUUCAAAAUCAUUAUUUGUGUCAGUUGGAAGUUCUAGGAACUCUACCUGAAGUUGUACCAUCUGAUCCAAGAGUUUCAGAAAAGAUGAUGUUGUUCUGUAUGAGAUUAGUAGAUGUUUUUGAUGACAUCGACAAAGGAACUGAAUAUGACGAUGACGAUUUAGAAGUUGAUGGUGAAAAACCGCGUCAUGCAACUCUAAUAUUUUUGCCUGGCAUAUGGGAAAUUGAAGAAAUGCAUAAUCUUAUGAAUAAUGAAGCCGAAGCUUCAAAAUGGGACAUAGUUAUUCUACAUUCUAGCAUCACUCAUGAAGAACAGAAAAAAAUAUUCGAUGCGCCGCCAAAAGGAUAUCGUCGAAUCAUUUUGUCUACAAAUAUUGCUGAGAGUAGUAUCACAAUAAAUGAUGUUAAAUAUGUUAUUGAUUUUUGUUUAACGAAACAGUUGAUUACGGAUCCUGGUACUAAUUUCCAAUGUUUAGAGUUGACUUGGGCAAGCAAGGCUAACUGUGAACAACGUUCAGGUCGUGCCGGACGUCUGAUGGAUGGUAGAGCUUAUCGUCUUAUUUCAAAAUAUUUUUACGAUCAAUUGCCUGAAGAAGGAGAUCCUGAAAUUAUGCGCGCACCUCUAGAAAAUGUUGUAUUGCAAACGAAACUUCUUGACAUGGGUGAGCCGAGAGCAGUUCUCGCUUUAGCCAUUGAUCCACCGGAUUUGAAAAAUUUAGAGCGUACUAUAUUGCUGCUGAAGGAGGCUGGUGGUCUACUAGAUAAACCUGAUACUCACAACAAAUUCGACGGUGAAUUGACGGAUCUUGGACGAGUAAUGGCUGCUCUGCCAAUUGACAUUCACAUCGCUAAACUCAUAGCUCUGGGCCAUGUAUUCAACGUGCUCCGAGAUGCAAUAAUAAUGGGCGCGUGUAUGUCGUUGAAAAGUAUGUUCAGUAACCCAUUCCGUAAUCGGAUGGAAGCUUACAGUGCAAAAGUUCAUUGGGCUGAUGGCACGACUAGUGACAGCUUAGCUUUUCUUAGUGCUUAUCAUGUGUGGCAGCGUGAGAUCGCAGCUAAUCGUUUCAGAAGGAAGAGCCGUCAAGAGCUCUCUUGGGCUCAACGAAACUACAUACAGAUCAAGGUGAUGCACGAGGUAGACUACCUAGUAGGCGAACUUAGUAAGAGACUCGAGCGCCUAGGAAUCAAGGAGACAGUGGGACCAAACAAAUUGGUCGUCGACGAUGUUGAUCGUGGUUUAAUUUUGAAAAUUGUCCUCGCCGGCGCUUUCUAUCCAAACUACUUUGUGAGGAAUCAGUCGCCAGUCAUCGAUCCAGAUGAGACGCAAGGAACUCGUGCUCUUGGAGGUUUGGAUCCAUCCAGAACUGUAUUCCUACAAGGCUGGAAACCUGAUCAGCCGGGAAAGCUCUAUGCUAAACGCAUUCAAGAGGUCUUUAGAGGUGUAUGCGAAACCACUUACAAGCAGACGCUUGUUGAAUUCGAUGGAUCGAUGCGGGUUUACAUAAUGUUUAAUGACGAUAAAAUUUAUGGCGACAGUCAGAAACAAACCGACAUACCAGGCAACGUUUCACUAUCAGUUUACAAGGCCCUCAAACUCCGAAAAAUGGGAACUGAAAUAAAAAUCGACGUUUUAGAUUCAGCGAGCUCUCAGCAGAGAGCUCGUGAGCUGGAAAUCGAUACAAAUGCCUGCAGUAUGUUCUUUAACGAGGAAAAUUACGAAACAAUGAAGAGAAUUUUGCCAAAGGCAUUGCCUCAGCUUCCUGGUCUUGAUGAGAACAACAUUCAAAUAAAAAUCUCCUACUUCAUAAAUCCAAGUCAAUUUUGGGUUCGCAUUGCAGACGACAAAGACUUAGAGCACAAGUACGACACGAUACGUAAAUUCUUAAAUGAUUCAAAAAACAUAACACUAACAAGAUUUGAGGAUGAACCAAGCGUCGGCGCUUUGGUAGCCGCUCGCUGGAAGAAGGACAACAAAAUCUAUCGAGUCGUUAUUGAGAGUUUUGACAAGAAAUCUAGCGAAUUGCUUGCCAAGGUGCUGUACAUCGACCACGGUUUUCGUGAUACUGUUCGAGUUAAAGAAUUGAUGAGAAUUCAACCGGAUCAUUUAGCGGCUACAACUCGAGCUUUGGCAUUUGAGUGCUGCUUAUCCGAAAUCGAGCCAUCUAAAAAGAAAGAUCCCAAGGGUUGGAGUAGGGAGGCUUGUCAGAUAUUCUGCAGUACAGUAAAAGAGGCGAAACAGAUCUACGGCAGCAUAUAUUCCGUCGUCGACAGUAUUGUGCACUUGCAACUGUCUACUAACCUUGACGACAAUUCACUACUCGAUGUCAAUAAACGUCUAGUGGAUUUGAAUUUGGCUGAGGUCGCCGAGGAAAAUUACUUAUCAAAGUAUAAUCAUAAAUUGCGCGAACAGAUUAUAGAUUAUGAAGCAAAACAUCGAGAAUACCUUGAAUAUUUGCAGUAUGACAAGAAUUUCUUGAUCAGUACUUAUCCGGAUCCUCCUCCUUUAGAAGAUUGUAGGUGUGUCGUCACGCUUAAGGGACCUAAUUCUCCACUCGAGAUCGCUCUGUCGAGUCUUGCUAUAGUGACUUCGGCCACGAAAGUUAAUAUCGAGGGAAAUUCCGUCAAUUCUAUUCUAAUCGAUACAAAUCCUGAAGAUCCACAUGAGCGUCUUCUCGUUGCCGCUCUGGUCAGCCAAAACCAAAGCGGCACACAACUAACACUACGCAACACAACUCUUAUGCCCAACAUACCUGGUUUAACGGCACUCAUGUGUUUGAUCUUUGCUCCUAAGAUCGAGCUGAGACGAAGCACUCGAGGCAACCAGUACGUUGGUGCUCUUUGUGGUCUCGGUUUUGAUUCCAGAACUGGCCUGUCGUUAAUGCCAGAACACGAUAUGGAAGUUUAUUUUGACACUGAGUUUACUAUUGAAGAUUUGCAGAAAAUCAACAGGCUCCGACAUUGGAUGAAUAUGGGCAUCUGUGUACAGACCGAUCAGAUCGACGACCUCGCCGAGCAAGCAGUUCAGUGUCAACGCAAAGUUUACGAUCUAUUAAACUUAUUGAUUUAUCGUCAAACCAAGUCGCAAAGUCCAGAAAAAAUUUCGAAUUUUGACAAAUGGGGGCUCUACGACGAGUGCUUAUUUUUACAGCCAACCAAAGCUGUAAUCAAAGAAGAUAGUAUUUAUCCAUUGCAUAGUGCUCUGCAAUUAAAUAAAGUAGAUGAAGUAGCCGAAGAAAUGAUAGCUCAUGCUCGAGCAUUGCGAUCACUAGCAGUAUCGGAUUCCAGACUGAGUAGAACUGAAGAAAAUAUGACCAUAUAUUGUAAAAUAUGUGAAGAAGAAGUGCUUGGCCGUGAAGCUCUCAGGCUCCACUUGUACAGAAGCUCUCAUAGAGACUCAGAAAAAAAGUAUGGUUUCAAGAUAUAAAAUCAACUGAUUAGUCAAUACUAUAAUGUUCCUAUGUUUUCUUUCGCGAAAAUAUCUCAUUUUACACGAUGGUAGCUGACGAUUGUUCGAAUUAAUGAACGAAAUAUUUGAUAUGGUAUUUUUGAUACUAAUACUGUUUAAUUUGAAAAAAAAAUAGAAUUAUAUUUUUUUUUAAAGCCAAGUUAAUCAUUAGUAGUUAAUAGUGCGUUAUCAGCAAUUUUGAUGAUUGUUUCGUUUUAAGAACCAAAGUCUGUUUUUACUUUUAAGGCCUGGUUCAUUAAUAGUAGCUGGCAGUUUUUAAGACAA